CAUAAAGAAGAAGGAGUGCCGUAAGCUAGCUGUAACAAGAAGUUGCUAACCUAUUUGUGAGGUUUGAUAAAGCAUAAUAGAGAAAAGUAACGUUGCGGAGAGAUAAGUUACCGCUGACAGUAGGUCAUGCAGCGCUCUAAAAGGUAAUGAGCCGUAAAGCCACAGGGUCUCGGCUCAGCGGCGCCCACAAACUGCGGCCACACUGGAACGACUGGCAGUCCAGAGUUAACAGUGUGUCAUCCAGCCAGGACGAGGUGAAGUCUAGAGAGUUUGGUUCAGGACCACUGUACGACGUGUUGGCCUCCAGUUGCCCUGAACAGCCAGCAGUGCCCAGUAAUGUCUAUGCUGCUGCAGAUACCCAUCAGGAAGAGGGUGGAUAUGAAGCUGGUCAAGGUGUCUGUGAUACUACGUUUGAUUGGAAGUCGCUGGGGCAAGAGCUGAGGCCAGAUGACUUGACAACGGAUUUGAUUCCUUUUAAGCAUGGAAACCGUGCUCUAGCUUCAAAGGACAUGAGGAAAUCGCAGGACAGAGGAAUGGCUCACUCAGAGGAGUCUCGACUGGCCAACCUCCUGCGCCGAGUCUCCAGGGAAGAUGAUCGUGACCGGAGGCUGGCUACAAUCAAACAGCUGAAGGAAUUCAUCAGCCAUGGCGAGAGCAGAGGGACUCUGGUCAAACAAUUGGACACCAUCCUUAGCACUCUGAAUGACAUUUUAAAUGAGAGCAGUAAGAUGCUGUGGGAGCUGCGUCAGGAUGCUGCAGCCUGCCUUGGUAUCCUGUGCACCGUACUCAGCUAUGAGGCAGAGCGCAUCUUCAAGUGGCUCUUUGUCAAGUUCAAUUCAAGCAGUCGUGAUGAGGUGAAGCUGUUGUACCUGGUGGCAGCACAGCGCGCUUUGGAGGCUGCUGGGGAGAGGAAGGCCUUUUCUCACAUCAUGCAGAUGGUGAUGAGCAAUCUGCAGUCCAUCCUUGAAAACGUGGACACUCCAGAGCUGCUUUGUCAGAGUGUCAAAUGCAUUCUUCAGGUGGCACACUGCUACCCACACGUCUUCAGCACCAACUUCAGGGUGAGUAUUCUCGUUCACCUGCAGCUCUGCUCUCCCUGUCUGUGCUUAGCCUGGUUACAGAGCCUGGAGCAGUUUUGGGUGGCCGACCUGACCUUCUCCACCACGUUGCUGGGACAGUUCUUGGAGGAUAUGGAAGCAUAUGCCGAGGAUCUGAGCCACGUGGUCUCAGGAGAGGUGCUCGAUGAAGAUAUCCCCCCUCCCUCAGUGUCGUUGCCCAAGUUGGCAGCCCUGCUGAGAGUUUUCAGCACAGUGGUCCGCAGCAUCGGAGAGCGAUUCAGCCCUUUCAGAGGACCUCCUGUGCAGUUCUCCGAGGCCGUUCUCACUGCAGGGAAUGAGUGCGUGGGUGUGCUGCUGGCCAGCGUGGAGCCCUGUGGGCAGCUGAUGGAGGCUGUCCUUGCCUACGGUCUAGACCAGCUGGACUGUUGCCAGGCCUGUGGCUCAGACUACAACCUGGCAGUGCUCAAUCUCCUCACUCUGAUUGUAGACCAGGUCAACACCAAGCUGCCCGUGUCCUUUGUAGAGAAGCUGUUGGCACCAGACUCCCAGCUGCUGAAGCUUCGCUUCCAUCAAGAGAAAGAGGUCAUGUCAGCUGUGCACGGCGUGUACCAGGCGCUGCUGAGCCUGAAAAACAUCCCAACACUGGAGGCAGCUUAUAAAAUGGUGUUGGGCGAGAUGGCGUGUGGUCUCAACAGCUUGAUGGAGACGUUGGGUCCCCUGAAACCAGCGACCCUCUGCCCUAAUAUCCAGCACCCUGCUUUUGCUCCCCUCACCCUACCGCCGGAAAAAGCCCAGUUCACCAUCAUCUUCAACCUCAGCACCUUCACCACCAUUGGCAACACCAAGAAUUCUCUGAUUGGGGACGGUUCGUGUCUCUCGAUGCUUCUGUUUUAUGGCUGCUGCUCUAAUCAGAUGACCUCCUCUGUCUCUGUUUGCAGGCACGAUCACUUCAUCUCAUCCAGCUUGUCGUCGUCUUCUCCCUCUCUGUUUGAUGGUGCUGUCAUCAGCACUGUAACCACGGCAACUAAGAAGCAUUUCAGCACACUGCUGAGUCUUCUCGGAGGUCUGCUGUCCCGGGAGCAUCUUUACCCCGAGGCCAGGAAACUGCUUCUCACCUGGGCUCAGGAGAUCUCUCUGCUGAUGAAGAAGUCGGACACCUACAGCCCCCUCUUCUCCCUGCCCUCCUUCAACAAGUUCUGCAGAGGGAUUCUGGCUAACGCUCUGAAUGAAGAUCAGAGUAUCUGCCUCCAGACCUGCCACACUCUACAGGUCCUUUCUUCAUCACUGUCUACUGAGCUGCUGCAGAGGUGUACAGAUGUGUGCAGAGUGCAGUUGGUCCACUCAGCCAUGAGGGUGAGGCAAGCUUAUGGUAAACUUCUCAGGACAAUCCCUCUUGAUGUGGCUCUGAGUAACCACAGCCAUCCUGAAAUGAGGAAGAUCUCUCUGGCCAUUCUUUACACAGAUGUGUGUAUCAUGACGAUUUUGAGUCGACUAUACAAGGACUCCUGGCUGGAGCGCCUGUACUACAGCUGCCAACGCCUUGAGAAACAGGAUGGCCGUGGAAGUACUGAUGGUAGCAAGCCAGACGUGGUGACACGGGCACUGCUGAAAACAGAGGUGUUGCUAUGGCAGUGGGCAGUGUGGGAGGCUGCACAGUUCACUGUGUUAUCCAAACUCCGAACACCUUUGGGUCGAGCUCAGGACACCUUCCAGACCAUUGAAGGUAUGAUCCGGAGCUUGGCUGCACAGAGUCUCAACCCCGAGCAGGAUGUUGGAGCUUGGGCGGGCAGUGGAAGUGACAGUGAUGGUCACCACUUAAAUCAGCUCCGCCUCACUUUGCUGCUUCAGUACCUGGAGAACCUGGAGAAGCUCAUGUACAACGCCUACGAGGGCUGUGCUAAUGCUCUGACGGCUCCACCAAAGGGAAUUCGGACUUUCUUCUACACGAACCGUCAGACGUGCCAGGACUGGCUGACGAGGAUCCGCUUGGCACUGAUGAGAGUUGGUCUUCUGUCUGGACAGCCAGCAGUAACUAUUCGCCACGGGUUCGAUCUGCUCGCAGAGAUUAAAAACAGUGGCACUCAGGGUCCAGAGCUGGAGGUGCCCGUGGUGUUGCUUGUGGAGGCUCUGCUGGAGUUGCACUGUCCCGAGGCCAUCCAGGGCUUGGCAAGUUGGAGUGCCUCAACUUCAGGCAAGAGUAUGGGCUGGUUGUCAUCGGUGGCGCUGCAGGCUGAGGGACGGUUUGAGAAAGCAGCCCAGGAGUAUCAAGACCAACUGUCUGCAGUCACAGGGAUGGACUGCAGCAUCAAAGGCUCCGACUCCUUCAUGCUCAAACUGUCCAGCAACACAAGCAGUCCAAAACACUGUAGCAAUGGUGACAGCAGGAAGACGGUGUUACUGAAGUCGAACGAGUGCUCUCCAGAGGUGCUGAACUUCCUGGCCAACAAAGCCUGUCAGUGUUAUGUGGCACUUUGUGACUGGGCUUCUGUUAAGGAGUGGCAGGCCACUGUCAGCACCCUCAAACAGAACUCCACCAAUCCAGUCAGCAUCAACCUGAAGACAGAUUUCAAUUACAUCCAUGCUUUGAGUCACUUUGAGGAGGGCGAUCUAGCAGAAUGUGGGCUUCAACUGGAGCUGCUGCCUGGAGAGGAUUACACCGCUCUGUCUGGCAGUAAGGACAAACUUGAUCUGAAAAGGCUCCUGCCCUCAAUGAGUCCAGAUCCGACCGAGCUGCAGAGAGCUAUCGAGGUGCAGCUCCUUCGCAGCGCCGUAAGUGCAAUGACCAAAGUCAGCGAGCAGCAGGAUCAGAGAGCAGCACCGAACUCAGAUACGUUGGUGCGCUGCUUGAAGCAGACCGGACGGAUCUGCUUGGGUCCCCUCCGCCUGUCGACCCUCACCCUCUCUGAGACCCUGCCCACGUUUCCCACCCUGCAGCUGCACUCCACUGCCACCCUGGAGAAUGCUCUGACUGGACAAGAGGACUGUGUGAUUCCUCUGUGCAGUGAGGCUCUGAACUCGUGUAAGCAGCAGGAUGCCCAGCUGUUCCUUCAUGCCCUCAGAUACAGCACAUUUCAGAGACAACUCCUCCACAAACUUAAGGGUUACUCCUCCUCCACUGAUAGCCACCUGAUGGAGCUUUGUCUGACUGCUGUCAAAUUUGCCCGUAAAAAAGGCAACAUUACACUGGCCUCCCGCCUGCUCAGACAGUUCAGUGACACACAAACACAAGAAGAAGAGCAGGAAGAGCACCUGUGCAAGGCCUUCAGGCGUCUUAAUCUUGAAGGCACCCUGGGGGAGAAAUGGGGACCAGAGGUGGAGAUAGAAAAAGCCAAAGUCCUGAGAGCUGCAGGUCAGUCACUGACAGCCAUGGAGAUGCUGAGCAAAGCUGCUCUGUCUUAUUGCCAUUUGGGGAAGAACGAAGGCGCCGCCUGCCGCUCGCUGCUGACACUCUGCAAAUGGUUGCUGGCCGACUGGAAGGACAUGACGCCUCAGCUCAAACAGGUGGUAAAGAAAUCUGCAGCAGUGAACUCGUGCAGCGCUGUGGGCAGCAUGUCGGCUCUGAGCAGGAACAUCGCUGCUCUGCUGGAGCUCCCCCUGGAGGAUCAGGCCAUCCCAUCAGUCACUGCUGAGAUCUCAGUCAAUGUGGGUGUUGGAGAGCCAGACUUUGUGUUGGGUCAGCUGUAUCAGUUGUCCACCAGUCUGGCUCCAGAUGUGGCAAAGUCCUGGGCAGCCCUGGCCAGCUGGGCUUACCGCUGGGGCAGGAAGGUAGUUGAUAAUGCCAGCCAAGGGGAGGGACUGCCUCUUCUUCCUGGGGAAAAGAAGGAGAUAGAGGAGCUGCUGCCAGCAACAACGAGUGAAGAAGACAAGGACAUGAUCUUCAGUAUUCUGGGCCAGGCCAUGUGUCGACCUACUGGUAUCCAGGAUGAGGAAAUGGCUCUGCAGCAGGAAGAUGAUGAGGAUGACAUGGUAGACGUGAUUUGGCGGCAGCUCACCAGUUCGUGCCCCUGGCUGGGGGAGGCCAGCCAGCAGGUUACAGACGGUCUGAUCCGAGUUUGGAGACUGGUCGUGGACCGUAUCUUUGGUCUCUACCGCAUCUCCUGCCAGGCCUACUUCACCUUCCUCAAGCUCAACGCUGGACACGUGAGUUUUCUAAAGCUGCUGACUGUGAAACAGCCAUGUGAAGAUCAGGACAUGGAUUUCUUCGUGUUGUCUUUAGGUAUCAUCCCACAGCUUUUUUCGCGUCUCAACCAUCCGGAGGCGUACAUCCGACAGAGCAUAUGCAGCCUGCUGUGCCGAGUGGCCCAGGACUCCCCACACCUCAUCCUCUACCCCGCCAUUGUAGGCUCACUCUCCCUGGGAGGGGAAGCUCAGAAUGCAGGGAGCAAACUGCCGUCGGCUCUGCCUACCUUCUUGGGGAGCAUACAAGGAGAGGACCUAGGUGUGGAUGAAGAGGAGCAGCUGGGGAGUGAUGAACAAGGCAGAUCAUCAGAGGAGCUGGCGACCUGUUCAAGUCAAGACCAAGCCAUGAUGCAGGACUGUUACAGCAAGAUUGUGGAGAAGCUGUCUUUAGCCAACCCCAGCAUGGUGCUGCAGGUCCAGCAGCUGGUGGGUGAGCUGCGCAGAGUCACAUUACUGUGGGAUGAACUGUGGCUAGGUGUGUUACAACAGCAGCACAUGCACGUCCUGCGCAAGAUCCAGCAGCUGGAGGAUGAGGUCAAGAGAGUGCAGAACAACAACACACUGCGCAGGGAUGAAAAGAUCGCCAUAAUGCGUGAAAAGCACUCCGCUCUGAUGCGUCCCGUGGUUUUUGCCCUGGAUCACGUGUGCAGCAUCACAGCAGCUCCGGCGGAGACGCCGCAUGAAUCCUGGUUUCAGCAGACCUACGGUGAUGCCAUCACGUCUGCCCUGGAGCGUCUCAGGAACCCCGUAAACCCAGCUAAUCCUGCCAGUAGCUGGCUUCCCUUCAAACAGAUCAUGAUGAGCCUGCAACAGCGUGCUCAGAAGAGAACCAGCUAUCUGCUGCAUCUGGAUGAGAUUAGUCCCCGCCUGGUUUCCAUGACUACAACAGAGAUCGCUCUACCUGGCGAGGCAUCGGCAUUAGACGCAGUGACCAUACAGAGCGUAGGGAACACCAUCACUAUACUGCCAACCAAGACCAAGCCAAAGAAACUGUUCUUCCUGGGCUCAGACGGACACAACUACCCGUACCUCUUUAAAGGUCUGGAGGAUUUGCACUUGGACGAGCGCAUCAUGCAGUUCUUGUCGAUUGUCAACACCAUGUUCACCAAGAUCAAUCAGCAGGAGCAACCGCACUUCCACGCCCGACACUAUUCUGUCACGCCGCUCGGAACUCGCUCAGGGCUGAUCCAGUGGGUGGACGGCGCCACGCCCCUCUUUGGCCUCUACAAACGCUGGCAGCAGAGGGAGGCUGUGCAGCAGGCUCAGAAGGUAGAGGUUUGUCUGCGCUGGAAAAGCCUGCGAGUGCCGGAGAAGGUCCCGUUCAGGAUGACCCACAACAUCGAGAUGGCUCUGGGAGUCACCGGGGUGGAGGGCAUCUUCAGGCUGUCCUGUGAACAGGUGGUUCAGAUAAUGCGGCGAGGCAGAGAGACCUUACUGACGCUGCUGGAGGCCUUCGUGUACGACCCUCUGGUGGACUGGACUGCGGGGGGAGAGGUGGGAUUUGCUGGCGCGGUGUACGGAGGGGGAGGCCAACAGGCUGACAGCAAAAAGAGCAAGCGGGACAUGGAGAGAGACAUCACGCGCUCUCUCUUCUCCUCCAGGGUGGCUGAGAUCAAGGUGAGUUCACAGAUGUACUCUGAACAUACCCAGCUGCAGUCACGACAGCGCACCGUGCAGGAGGCCAUUCAGGGCAAACUGACCGAACUGGACCAGUGGAUCUCCCAGUACCAGGCAGCAUUCUCCAGCCUGGAGGCCACACAGCUCGCCAGCCUGCUGCAGGACAUCAGCAGUCCUAUCGAUCUUGGCCCCCCCAGCUAUGUGCCAGCUACAGCCUUCUUGCAAAAUGCAGGUCAGGCCCACCUGAUCAGCCAAUGUGAGAGCCUGGAGGCGGAGGUGAGCACCCUGCUGCAGCAGCGCCGCGGAGCCCUCCGCAGCUCCCUGGAGCAGCUUCACAGCUACGCCACAGUGGCUUUGCUGUACCCACGGGCUACCCUGGUGUUCCACAGGGCCCACCAGUGGAAGGCCUGGUUGGAAGAGCUGCUGAGAGACAUGACAGCAGAUCACUGCCAGCACAUCUACAGACAAUACGAGCUGCUGUUUGCUCCACAACCUUCUGCUGCCUCCUGCCAGUUUCUCUCCAGUGUGGAAUUGACUCUGCAGCACCAAUUGAUCGACCGUAGACGCAACCUGGUGAUGGAGGGUGCAGCGACCAGCGCCGGGGAGCAACUCGUGGACCUGACGUCCCGGGAUGGGGCGUGGUUUCUGGAGGAGCUGUGCAGCAUGAUUGGAAACAUCAACGGGCUUGUAACGCUGCUGCAACGCUGCCCACUUCUAACUCAUGACCUGGAGCUCCCUCCACCUGCAGCUACCACCCAGGUUGUUUACCUGGCCAGUGCUGUGUAUACGUGCUUACAGGAGCUGAACACCAAUUUCCGUCAGAUCAUCUUUCCAGAGGCUCUGCGAUGUAUGAUCAAAGGAGAGCCGACUCUGGAGUCCAUGUUGGCAGAGCUGGAGCAGCUGGUAGAUCAGAGCUCUGACGGUCUCGGCCUGCAAGGUUUGGCCGAUAGUUUGCAAACCGGCACAGGCCUGGACCACAACGGCCGCAACCACUGCCUCCACAUCACCAGAAUGCUGCGUGUGCAGUACUCUGAACUGAUCCAGCCUCACAGCAUGGAUGGACAGGGCCAGGACACGCCCAAGAUGUCUGCAGGUCAAAUGCUGUUGGUUGCCUUUGAUGGCAUGUUCACUCAGCUGGAGACGGCCUUUGGGCAGCUGACUGAGAAGCUGAGUUCUUUAGAGGUGCCGCCCCUGUGGAGAAAGGUGGAUGUUCUGAGGGAGGCCCGAGCCACGCAGCUCCACUUCUUUGAUAGCCUGAAUAUAUUGUCUGAUGACUGUGGGACAAUCUGUGCAGGUACCUGCGCCACAGCUGAGGACCUGUUACCUACAAAUGGACCCGUUGGUUUGGGGAAGUCCCUGUACGGCCGGCCCAGCAGCACUGGGUCGGGUGCAGCGGUGGUCAGUGAGGAGCAGAUGAUUCGUCCCAUCAAGGCCUUCACUGCCGAGUUUGUCCGGCAGAUGCUGAUGGGUAUGCCCAGCCAAGCCCUCAGCCUGGCCCUCUGCAGCACCCUCUCUGCCCUCGGUGUGGACAUCGUCGCUCAGGUGGAAGCAAAAGACUUUGGUGCAGAGAGCAAGGUUUCUCUGGACGAGCUCUGUAAGAAGGCGGUGGAGCAGGGCCUGACGUCAGGGCGAGUCUCCCAGCUGCUGCUGAACAGAGCCACAGUGCUGGUGUCGUCCUACGACACAGCGUGGAAGAAAGUUGACCUGCUGAGGAGGCUGGACAGCAACCUGGAAGCUGCCAAGGCCAGCCUGCAGAGGAGCCAGCUGCACAUCGCGAUGUUCCAGUGGCAGCACGAGGAUGUUCUGGGUCCCAGCAAUCAGCCUUUAAGUGUCAGCGUUGCUCCUCGUUCUGUGAUCCUCAGCAACAUGAAGAAGAAGCUGUACAAGCUGAGUCAGGAUGAAGCAGCCAUUGUUGCCAUCCAGGAGAAGCUAGCGUCGCUGGAGGCUAGCAUCGAGCAGCGUUUAAAGUGGGCCGGCGGAGCCAACCCAGCACUGGCGCCUGUCCUGCAGGACUUUGAGAUGACCAUCAGAGAGAGACGCGCCAUGGUGGCCAGAGACAACCAGCGCACCAGCCAGGUCACAUUCCUGUGCUCCACCAUCCUCAACUUUGAAGGCCUUCGGACCCGAUCCCCCGAGGCGCUCAGCAUGGACGCCGCCCUGUUUGAACUGCUGAAGCGCUGCCAGCAGACGUGUUCGUACGCCGCCCAGUUCAGCAGCACGGUGUCUGCACUGGAACUGCAGCUCCUGCACAGACUGGUUGGUUUGACCUUUCCUAUAGGCAGUGUGGAGUGGCUGAGCUGUGCCCAGAGGCAGCUGGAGGAGGAGCUAAACAUGGAGCAGAGGAACCAGGAGGAACGUGAGCAGCAGCUGGAGACCUGUGGAGAAACACUGCAGCUGCUGGUGGACUCGAUCAAAACGAUUCUCUCGAAUCACAACCGCCACUUAGCUGACGUCAAGCACCUGCUGAGGGCCAUGGCCAAGGAUGAGGAGGCGGCGCUGGCGGACGGUGAAGAGGUGACAUACGAGGGCAGCGUGCGUCACUUCCUGUUGGAGUACAAAGCUUGGCAAGACAACAUCCAGUUAGUGCUGUUCACUGUUGUCCAGGCCAGUGGGCAGCACCUGAGCCAGGAGCAGCUCGAACUACUGGAAGAAAUCCCCAGUACUCUGAAGGAGCUGCACUCACAGAGCCAGAGCGUCUAUAACGGCCUGGUGGGCUUCGCCUCCCCACUGGUGACCGACAGAGACGCAGAGUGCUCCAGUCCUGUUUCUGCAGCACAGUCGAGCUUUGCAGCAGCUGUCAGAUGCAGUGGCGUGAAGACCCAGCCAGACUCGAUGUCCCAGAAUGCACGCAAGGCUCUCCCACGCAACCUGGGGACCCCGACCGAUACCCCGCCCAGUACUCUAGUGAGCAGCAAAGGUCUCAACUCCAGCCCCAAGAGGGCUGUACGAGACCCCAAAACAGGACGAGCGGUCCAAGAGAGGAACUCCUACGCGGUCAGCGUGUGGAAGAGAGUGAAAGCCAAACUGGAGGGCCGAGACAUCGACCCCAACCGGAGGAUGAGUGUCUCCGAGCAGGUGGACUUUGUUAUCAAGGAGGCUACCAACAUGGAUAACUUGGCCCAGCUGUAUGAGGGCUGGACUGCAUGGGUGUGAACGCUCUGCUGCUUCAUGUCUGGUCCAGCGAAGGCUUGGAGAUCCACCAGAGUCCAGCGGGACUUGGGUGUCAAAACAGCAGCACCAGGCCACUCUAGGGGAAGAAUCUGGGACGUGGAUGCUUAGUCCACCCUCCCACACCCCUGGGUACCCAAACUGGGGCAGCAACCUCGUAGCAUUGCUGCAACCACACUCCCCCCAACAAUGGGUGAUUGGGCUAACACGGCACUUGGUGCGCCUGCUGACCGGCCUUCCUUUUUGGGGUCUGAGUGGGCAUGGUGGCACCAGGAGAGGAAGGAGGGAAGGAAGGCAAAAGCCACCUCACCCUCAACUUGAAAACACCUUCCCUCUCUCACCUACAUAGCUGACUGUCAAGUUGUACCUAUAAACAUCACUGCAUCUUUUUGUGGCCGUCAGAGCCCAGCAGAGGGCGAGAUGAAGCGAGAGGUGAGCUGUUUUCCUCCGGAGCACGCAGCUGACACACCGGCUGGGACUUUACUGUGGCUGAAGCUCGGCGGACGGUUAGACGGCUUACACGGCUACGCGUUUUCUCUCAACUUUUGGCAUUAUCAUCCUGAGCAGCCAGUGGGUAACACUGUGAGGGAGGACGGAGUGAAACGGGGGUUUAAAAGACUCGAUUUCAGUCCAACUGCAAGCACGGUGGAAACGAAAUAAUCAAACUUGGCUUUGGUUGUUAAAAAGAACAAACGUGACUCUGGAGUGCUGUUAGAUUUCACCCAAUAAAAGAUGAAGUAGAAUUGUUUUCUCAGGAGGUCUUUUCUGUUUUUUGUGGUUCCAGCUGAAACACCGUCGUGUUCGUUUCAGGUGGCUGUGAGUCAGCUGAAGGGAAAACCUCUGCUUGAGUUUCUUCAGUGUGGAUCUUUAAUCUGUGUUGUGCUUUACUAUCAGUAGGAUUAGAUUUCUGCCUUUUUCCAACUUGCCUGUCUCGAGCUGCUUGCAUCAUGUACUUACACCCCGAGCCGUAACGCUUGCUUUUUAUGAUUUUGGACCUUCUAGUUUUACAUUUUUAUUGGGAGAAAUGUUGUUUUUGGUGAUGGUGAAACAUGUUAAUUCUUAAAGCUUUUAUUGGAUUUUGUUGGAUGCCAAAUAAACGUGGAACAGAGA